UUCCAUUUUCACAAGUUGUUGAGAGAAGAGUACAUCUUUUGUGUCGUGUCCGCCGCCCUGCAAAGAAAUAAUCAAUUUUGUUUAACAAAAGACAUCUUUUUUUUCGGAAACAUACAAAAUAACUUUCAAACUUAUUUAAGUUACGACAUUUGCUGAAUUAUUCACAUAACAAAAUCAGUCAGCUGUGUGUAAAGAAGAUAUACACGGAAUCUUUAAUUUCUACUUUAUUAAACAACAAAUUACAUAAGGAAAGUUUUUAACAACUCGCAUCGCAGCAAACGACGGUCAUCGGCUACAAAAUAAUCAUCAAGAAGAAGAAAAAAGGUACUUUUCUUCAAAAGAAAACUCAACUUGGAAUUAAGAAAAUCUACUCAAAUAAAAAGAAAACUUUUUUCUUAACUAACUCGAAUUGGAUUUAACUCUGAUCAAAAUAAAACCAACAAUUGAAGAUGUUUUUAAAUAAAAACUUAACAAACGAAAAGAACAUUUUGUGCUCAUCAAUUAUUGCCGUUAGUGAGGUUGCGGAUAGUAAAAAAUCAUCAUCAAUUAUUUCUGAAAACAACGAAUUUCUUUGAUUAUUUUAAUUUUAAACAAAUUUUUAAUUUAAGAAUCAAGAAAUAACCCAGUUUCACAUCAUCUUACUACUUACCAAUUUAGCCAAAGAGUUUUCUCUAAAUUUUUUAAAUAAAUCAAAAUCAAACAUAAAAAUCAAUCUAAAAAGAUGCAUAAAAAUUGCAAUAAAACAUAAGAAAAACUAUAAUAACAGUAAUACAAGGAAUUUCUUCGUCGUUUUAUUCAUCGUUUUGUUGAUAACUUUUUAACAAAAUUAUAAAAAUAAAAUUCUCUUCGUCAAUAUAAAUAAAUUUAUAUUCACAAAAGAUUGAAGUUUUUGUUGUUCGCCUAAGAAUAAGAAAAAAACGUAUUUAAAUCAAAUUUCAAUUAAAAUAAAAGUAAAAAAUACCGCAACAUAAAAAUGGCAGUAAUUAAUCAGAAAAAUGUUGGCAAAAUCAAUUUGUUCUCGCACGUCAAAUACGAGCAUUUGGUUGCUGGAGUUUCGGGAGGUGUAACUUCUACCUUGUUGCUGCAUCCGUUGGAUUUGAUCAAAAUUCGUUUUGCUGUUAAUGAUGGUCGAACUGCAGCAAUUCCACAAUACCGAGGCUUGGGUAGCGCUUUUACCACAAUCUUCCGCCAAGAAGGAUUCCGUGGUUUGUACAAAGGUGUUACACCUAAUGUUUGGGGUUCCGGAAGUGCAUGGGGAUUCUAUUUCAUGUUUUACAAUAGCAUUAAGACUUACAUCCAAGGAGGCAACACAACAACACCAUUAGGGCCUGGUCUUCAUAUGUUAGCAGCAUCAGAAGCUGGUGUAUUAACAUUGCUUUUGACAAACCCAAUUUGGGUUGUAAAAACAAGACUAUGUUUGCAGUAUGAAAAUCUAGCUACUGCACCUAAAGCCGACGCAUAUCGUGGUAUGGUUCAUGCUUUAGGUCAGAUUUACAAACAGGAAGGUGUUCGUGGAUUGUAUAAGGGUUUCUUUCCAAGUAUGUUGGGUGUUUCACAUGGUGCAUUGCAAUUUAUGACUUAUGAAGAAAUGAAAAAUUCCUACAAUGAGCACAGAAAAUUGCCAAUUGAUACUAAGUUGGCUACAUCAGAGUAUUUAGCAUUCGCUGCUAUUUCCAAGCUAAUUGCUGCUGCAGCAACUUACCCAUAUCAAGUUAUACGAGCACGUCUCCAGGAUCAUCAUCACAACUACAAAGGAACAUGGGAUUGUGUUAAAGUAACAUGGAGAUUUGAAGGAUGGCGUGGUUUUUACAAAGGUCUACGACCCAGUUUAACUCGAGUCAUACCAGCAACGAUGAUAACUUUCUUAGUCUAUGAGAAAGUUUCUAGAUAUCUUUUGGACCAGAAGAAGUUAAGGGAGAGUAGAGCAUCAAAUAAAUAAAUUGAAGAUAACCAGAUGCUUUUCUUCAAAGUACCAACUUGUCAUUUGUUUUAGUAUUUAAGUUAAAAAAUGUGUAACGCUUAAAGUUUGUUCCUUGAAAUGAGCCACCAAAGAGACUUGCUGUAUAACUACAUAUUGUUUAAAAAAAAUUAAGUUUAAAACAGAGAUUUGCACAAAGCUAAAAAUAAAAUUAAAUUCAUAAUUUAAGAAUAAUUAAUAAAUAUAAAUUCUAAAGUAAAGUAAAAUAUUUA